GCCAGCGUGGUUACGCCAUCACGACCGGCGGUGGCACAUGCGCAAUAGCGAGACGCUGGAGCGCUGCGUGGGUGGCUGCCGAGUCUCUUCCGGUCUAGGGUCUUAUCCUGGCACUGAGGGCGCCGGACUGGCGCUUUUGGCCGGCUUGGCAUUGGGUGGGCGGCUUCUUGGGACCCACAUGAGCCAGUGGCAUCAUCCCCGCAGUGGCUGGGGUCGGGGACGCGACUUUUCAGGACGCUCCUCAGCCAAGAAGAAGGGCGGAAACCACAUCCCGGAAAGGUGGAAAGACUAUCUCCCAGUUGGACAGCGGAUGCCUGGGACUCGUUUCAUUGCUUUCAAAGUUCCCUUGCAAAAGAGUUUUGAAAAGAAACUUGCUCCGGAAGAAUGCUUUUCCCCUUUGGAUCUUUUUAACAAAAUCCGAGAACAAAAUGAAGAACUUGGACUGAUUAUUGAUUUAACAUAUACUCAACGCUAUUAUAAACCGGAGGAUUUGCCAGAAUCUGUUCUUUACUUAAAAAUAUUUACAGUUGGACAUCAAGUGCCUGAUGACGAGACUAUUUGUAAAUUCAAACACGCUGUUAAUGGGUUUUUGAAAGAAAAUAAAGAUAAUGACAAACUUAUUGGUGUCCACUGUACUCAUGGUUUAAACAGGACUGGCUACCUUAUUUGCAGAUAUUUGAUUGAUGUAGAAGGCAUGAGGCCAGAUGAUGCAAUUGAAUUAUUCAAUAGGUGCCGGGGACAUUGCUUAGAAAGACAAAACUACAUUGAAGACCUUCAGAAUGGUCCUAUCAGAAAGAAUUGGAAUUCCAGUGUACCCAGGUCAAGUUUUGAAGACUCAGCACAUCUCAUGCAACCAGUCCACACCAUGAAUAAGCCUGUUAAACGAGGACCUAGGUAUAAUCUACAUCAGAUCCAGGGUCACUCAACUCCUCGACAUUUCCACACCCAGACCCAAAAUUUGCAUCAAUCAGUCAGAAAAUUUUCACAGAAUCCACAUGUUUACCAGAGAGGCCAUCUCCCUCCUCCUGGUCCUCCUGGAGAGGACUGUUCACGCAGGAGGUACUCUUGGAAUGUGAAGCCCAGUGCCAGUCUGGCAGCCCAGGAUAGAAGAAGGUGGUAUCCUGACAAUUACUCUGGACUCUCCUAUCCAGCCUAUUGGGAAUGGACCCAGUGAUACAAACCUGUCCUGGAAUUCUACCUAGAGACCAGAGCUGGCCUGAAUAUUACUGGUGUGACUUUAAUUAGUUCAGGUCUAAUCAGGUUUCUUUAGUGUUCCCUUAUGUGUUCAAGCUUAAGGAAAAAUUGCAUUGCUGUUUACCUCUUUGCUGAUAAAUUUGCAAUAAUUACAGCAUUGCAGGAAAAAAAAAAAAUCUAUUAUUCCAGUCUUAAAUUUUUUCUAAAGGAAGACAAUAUUUUAGAACUAAAGCGUUAAGAACUUCCCUUGCAAAUUAUUUUUUAAAAUUCUAUCUUGUUUUUCUGUGUAUUUCUUUCUGACUAGACUUGUGAUAUGCGUGUGUUUAUGUACAGAAAUUUUUAGUGUUUUUGGUAUGUUCUGUUAUUGACCCAAAGGCCAUCUUUAUUUUCUAUAACUGUUCAAAAUUUAUAUUAAAAUCUACUUAGGAGAUAAUUUCUUUAGAACCUA